UGUAAUCACGGCUUAAGUUUCGUUGCGUGCAUUUCUUCGAUUGGAUUUCCUCACACACAAAAAAAAACUCGUACGGGAACGUAGGCAAAAGUUCUAUUCACAAGCAAUUCGGUUCUCGAAGCCUUUCGCGCCGUUAAAGUGGGCCGCACACCUAGCCAGAAGCGUUCCCGAGGGGCUGUUUGGUGUGUUCCACCGAACCCUUCCGUGCGCUCGCCACCAGACCAAGCGGCUGCAGCCCCAGGGUUUUCCACAGAAAUUUUUCGUCCCGCAUUGUCUUCCCCUGCCUGCCCGUCUCACCCGUAUCAGCAGAAGCAGCAGCAGCAGUAAUUCCAGUAAUUGAGAGAAAAGAUUGGAUAAGCUCAACAACAAAGACCGAUCCAGUCGAAACUGCAUUGGAUCAUCCUACUCGGGCUCACACCGCACCCACCCCCUCGUUUGCCGUGACCAUACAGUGCCUCGUGACUAAUACCUUGCGGUGGUAGGGAAAAGGGUCACGCUUGGAAAUAGUGGUCGCGCUGACCGAAAGUUACUGAUCGACUCCGUUAAAAAAAAGCAGUGAAGCAAUCGAGACCGAGAAAAGCCCAGAAACGACAAAAAAUCGUAUCUAAAGAGCUCUAGCAUCAAAGUAAGCCAACCUGUACCUUACCGUCUUCAUUGCGUGGUGCGCAACCACCGAACGCGUGUGUGCGAUGGGUUCAAUGUUUUUGUUUUGAUUGCUGCAUGGCCUGCUUGGUUGAAAGGCAACAAGAUCGGUGCACUGGAAUGCAGUAGCAACAGAUUCAUCAGUUCGGGUGGGUGGGUUGCUCCGGCGGAAACGACGCAAGACAGUGCUUGAGUGUGUUGUGUGUGCAUGAUCGGUGUAAGAGACAUUCCACUGUAGCGACAGCAUAAGCGACCUGAGGUCCUUGGGUUAUUCCCAUCUGGGCGCAAUCUGGGGUAAGCUAUGAAUUCUCACCGUCCGCUACCGCACGGUCAUCAUCAUGGUGCGCCUUUGCAACCGGCAGCAAUGAUCGAGCGUAGCGGCGGUGUUAGCGUGGUGGUGAACCCCCGGUUCGAGGCCGACAAGCAAGCUUGGGAGGAUGCGAUCCGGGGGUACAACGGUAACGAUCCGCUCGAUCUGUGGUUCAACUACAUCACCUGGUACGAACAGAACAGAUCCUUCGAUCGCACCAACAAUCUGCGCUCGAUCGUGGAGAAAUGUCUGUUGCUUUAUCAGGACACGGAGGGCUACAAGCAGGAUACGCGUAUGAUCAAAAUAUGGAUGAAAUACACCAACAUGCAACAAUCGCCCGCCAGCUUCUACCAAAUGAUGUACAAGAAAAACAUUGGCACGCAGUGCGCCAGCUUCUACAUUGGCUGGGCGGAAAGUGCUUACAAGCAGGCCGAAUCGAUCUACAACCUCGGCAUACAGAUGAAGGCACAGCCGAUCGAAGAAUUGCACGAAGCGCAGCGCAACUAUCGUCUGUACAAUGAAUCGCUUGCAAAGAAACGGUCCGCCAGCACGAUGGUAGAGCCAAGGCAGCAGGUCGCAUCGCAAAGUCCACCACAAAAGAGGCUUAAACAGGAACCGGGAAGCUACCAACUGCAGACCGGAACGAAUGGAGCCGUUAUCCAUCACCAUGAAGGACCGAAUGGGACAUUUGCCAACCAGCCACAAACGCAACAACAACAGCCCCAAGCUUACUAUCAUCAACAGAAAGCCCCGGCAAGCUAUUACCUGCCGGAAAAUCCUCCCAACGGUGGUACUUACUACACUGGUAGCAAUGGGCAGGAAGAACCGUACCAACAGACAACUUCGUUCCCAUCGGGUGAAUCAGGCCCCUCUUCCGUACCUGCUACUUCUGCCGCUUCCUCUGCGUCUCAUGCUCAUCAGCAACCCGUGCAGCAUCAGACGACGCCCAGCGAAGAAAAUUAUCUUGCAGCCGCGCCAUCGAACGGUAACGGUCGUCAGCACCAGGAACAAGCUCAUAGAACGGAGGGCGAACCUAGUGCGUGCGAAUAUCAACCAUCGGAUGAAAGCAUUAUCGAGUGUAAUCUCAACAAUUCGGCGUACGUCAUUUCAUCUUCCCUGAGCUACGUCUACGAUGAUCCCGAACUUGUACAGUACCCAGUCGCGGAAGAGAUUGCGCGCCCCGUACCGGUACCGGAUGCUGCCGAGCAUGCAGCUGAUCAUCAGACGACGGACGACAAUGUCGUUUACGAUAGUGAUGCGAUCCGUCUGCCUCCAAACUUUGCACGGGAAGCUAGAUCGAACCACGAAACCUGGGAUGUUCCAUUGUGCCUGGAGGAACCGUACGAUCCGAACCGGAAAUGCUGCUAUCCGAAGCAUCUCGUUUACCCUGACCUGCAUGCCGAACGGCCAACGAUGGAAUUUUCGUUGGAAGAGAUCCGUGCCCAGCGGUGGUUUGAACGGAAACGGCACCAGGAGGCACAGAAGAAGCUGCAGGAAGAACAGGAAGAAGCACAACGGCAAGCGAAGGCUGCUCAGCUGGAGAAGGAAAAGCAGAUGCGUCAAAUGCAGCAAAUGAAGUAUCAGCAACAGCAGCAGCAGCAGCAGCAACGCAUGUAUGGUGCUCAACAAUAUUCCUCAAACGCUUCUGGCCACAUGCCAAUUGGGCAAACGAUGCAAACACAGCCGAACAGCUACCAUUCGGCGCAGCAAAUGCGACAGGGAUCGAUACAGCAUACGAGCAAUUUCUAUCACCAGCAACAGCAGCAACCUUACCAUGGUUACAGCAACGGUUGCUAUACAGCGUCGAGUGCUCCGAUGCAGCCACAUCAUGGCUACCAGCAAGCGAAUGUGCCAGCGGCGACGGUGAUACAGAACCACCAGCAUCAUCAUCAUCAUCAUCUUCACAACCAGCAGCAGCAGCCGACACAUCAUCAUCAGCAACAGCAGCAACACCAUUCGCCAGUGCCAACCAGCCAUAUGCAUUCGCCCAGUGCUGCUGCUGCUCCGUACGGGCAGCACGGACAGCAACAACAUCAUUAUGCACCGGCUAACCACCAUCAUGGGCAUCUGCAUUCGCCACAACCCUACCAUGUUCCGUACGAGAAUUAUAACCAUCAUAAUACCUAUCCUGCGAGCCAGCAGCCUGGACAGCAGGCACAGCAGCAGCAGCAGCAGCAGGAAGUAACAGCACCCCAACGGACGUACCAGAGUAUGACGAACGUUCUAUCCCCAUAUGGCUAUAACAGUCCGGGACAGCAGGAAACGAUCGCACCACGUCCCGGAAACGCUCAUUACGCAAUGGCACCGCAAACACCAUCAAACCACCAACACUAUCCGCAAUCUCCGGGGCAUCAGCACGCUCACCACGCUCACCACGGUCACCACCAACCGUUGGGUAUGGCGGGUGUGUCGCAACAGCCCCACCCAGGUCGAGCACAUUCGGUACUGCAGCAAUCGCCGCACCAAGAGCACCCCUAUAAUCACCACCAUCAGCAGCAUCCUCACCAUCCUCAGCAUCCUCAAUACACGUCCGUACACUACAAUGCGAACGAGCAACAGCAGCACACGAAACCGCAUGCCGUCGUUCCGGUGGCAGGAUAUGCGCAGGAUUGUGCUCAAGAUGCGGCUAAACUGAAUCCAACACAGCACAACUACAAGCAGCACGAUCCGCAGACGCCAUUAAACGGUGACAGUAACACACCGACUGGAUCGUACAUCAGCAAUGCGCAACAGGGACGCGAUCAUCCGGCUGCUGAUGGGCGCCACGGGCAACAGCUGCAGAACAAUAACCACGGAAAGUACAACAAUGCCAACAACUGUGAUGAUUUCGAGGAACAAAUUGAAGCGUCAACGAUACGGUUCUCCACACCGGCGGAGAAUGGCAUCAGCCGGAAGCAGACGAUCACGAUCAAGUUUAAGAAGGAGAAAUCAGGUCUCGCUCUCGCGGUGGAUUCACCCUCACCACCAACGGGCGAAGGUUCUGGCGCAGCGCUGGAGCAGCAGCAUGAGCAGCAGCAGCAACCGUCAGCACCAGCUGCUCCGGUGGAAGAAAAAUCGAAAAAACACAAAAAGCACAACCAGUUGCAGCGUGCGAGCGAAGCAGGGACGGGCAAAUCAUCCUCCUCCGCCAAAGGAAAACACUCGCGCAAGAAGCAAUCGUUGCUGUCGGUGGUGGAAACGGAUGAGCAUCCGAUGGACGAUGCGAACCUGCUGCUAUCGUUCUCGCGCCCCGAAAAGGAUGAAGAUUCCUGCCUGUCGGUACAGUCCCAGACGGACGCAUCGUCCGUUGGGUCGAAGAGGAAGAAAAAAUCGAAACGAUCCAAAUCGGGUGCAAGCGGCAAGGACAAGCGUCACCGUCGGCAUCGCUACGAUCUGGAUGAGGAUUAUCAGGCGGAACAGGAGGAGGAGGAGGAGGAUGGGGAAGAGCCAGUGCGAAAUGGCGUGCUGCGGGAGCGUGUGUUGGAUGAUCAGUACUCGGAAGCAACGGUCGGUGGCUAUGAGGAGGACGAUGACGGUGUACAGGAUCAGUACUACGAGGUCGAGGAGGAGGAGGACGAGGAGGACGAGGACGAGGAGGACGAGCAGGAGAAUGGGGAAGAGGACGAGGAGGACGAGGGCGAUGAGGAGGAGUAUUACGGGGAGGAAGAAACGAGCCGGGAGACGACACAACGGCGCCGAACCGUCGGCAGUGAUCGCCGGGCGGCUGGCAAGCGCAUCAUUCGCCCGGAUGAGGAUGAUUCGUCGUACCAAUCGAACUCCGAGGUCAACACGUCCUUCAGCAACAUUUCCUUCGCCGGGGACAAUAGCAAUGGUCCGUUCAAUUACGGCGGUGGUAGCAACUGUUCGACCCCGGCACGUCGCACGCAAACAUCCGGCGGUGGCGGCGGUGGUGGUGGUGGCGGUGGCGGCGGCGGCGCCUUUUCCAAAACGUCUACCCCCGUCGCUUCGUUCCGGUAUCUGCGCAAGCAGGAAACGAACCUGUCCACACUCGGCCAGAACGAGGAUUCGAUGAGCUCGACCGUCGCCGAGAGCAGCUUCUUCCAAGCGGGCGAACACGACGAGGAAGCUCGCCGGCGCCGGCUCGAAAAAGCGCUCGGCACGAUCGAGACGCACCUCGGCCGACCGUUCGUGGAUCCGUUCAACGGGGAGCUGUGCCGCGCGUUUCUUACCAAGGCGGACUUUCCGUCCCGGAGCCGCGAUCCGGCCGCCAACUAUCACCUCUCGAGCGCGAAUCUGCCAAAGCUGCUGAAGGGACAGACGGCGAAUCUGGGCGGGACGGGAUACAGCAUCGAGAAGGAGGUGGGCCGCGGGUCGUACGGUUCGGUGUUUCGGGCGAUCCACACGCAAACCGGUGCGGUGGUUGCGAUCAAGUAUCAGAAACCGGCCAACACCUGGGAGCUGUACAUCUGUACGGAGGUGAAAAAACGACUGACUAAUCUUAAGAUGUUGCCCGGUUUCAUGGACAUUAGUGCGGCGGUCAUCGCGCCGAACGCGAGCGUACUCGUGUCGGAGUUUUCGCAGUACGGUUCCCUGCUGGACAUUAACAAUAAAAUACGAACCGCAGCCACCAGAAAGGUGAUGCAUGAAUCUCUCGUGAUGCACUUCAGCUGCCAGAUACUUUCGAUCGUAGAGUAUCUGCACGCCUGCAACAUAAUCCACGCGGACAUCAAGCCGGACAACUUUCUGCUGAUGAAAAUACCGUCGCGCGAUCUCGAAGAGCCCACACUGCGGCUGAUCGAUUUUGGUUGUGCCAUCGAUAUGAACUUUUUCGAACCAAAUCGCCAAUUUAAGAAGGUCAUCCAAACGGACGGAUUCACGUGCAUCGAAAUGCAGGAAGGGCGUCCAUGGUCGUACCAGACCGAUCUGUUCUGUGUGGCCGGCACGAUCCACGUGAUGCUGUUCGGCGAGUACAUGCAGCUGGUGAAAAAGUACGAAAGCGGUUGGGACAUCAAGCAGAAGCUGCCCAGGUAUCUGAAGAAGCACGUCUGGACGGAGGUGUUCCAGAAGCUGCUCAACAUCAAGGAUAUCGACCAUAUGCCGAGUUUGCCUGAUCUUCGGCGGUUGAUCAACGAGGAAGCGUACAAGAUGGAUUCCGAGCUGGCGACACACAUACGCUCGCUGUCGAAUCUACUAAAAAGUCGAUAGAGAGAGAGAGAGAGAUAGCAUACGAUUCGUUUCGCCUUGCUACGUUCUCAGUGUUCCACGUUGUUUGUUGUUAUCACGAUCGGGAGCACGUACGUCACAUGUCCGGUUUUAUUUGGUGGUGUACGUAGAGCCUGCGGAGCGUUCGGGUUUGCGCUUGUGUGAAGAGAGAAGUAUUAGUAAGCUAUACAGUGUACAUUGUUUAUAGUAGCCGGUUAAGCACUUCUCGAGAAGCGGCACAUCGCGAUAGACGACGCGUUAGGGGUAUAGUAUAUUCCAAAGAUUAAUUUGAAUUAUUAAUGUACAUUAUUUUCGCUAACUAGCUUGCUUAUUAUACUCCGUCAAACAUAUGGAUUUAGUAGACAAAUUUUGUGUCCAAGCUCGCCCCGGAGGGCGAACCGGUUGCACUAGGGAUUGGCUUAUUAUUUAUCCAUUAGUGGUCCAGUUUCAUGCAAUCAAAAUUUCAAGCGUUAUCUUAGCAAAAUUGAUUUCCUUCCGUCUCCCUCUCUCAUUCACCCGCCCUUUCAUCCGCUUCCUAGUCUUGGUUUGAACACUAAAAGACUCGACUCGUGUUUCUUGGGUAUGUUCGGUAGGGUGUCUCAAAGAGAAAUCUUAAAUCUACACUCCACGCAACCAAAAUAUAUUCUGUUGGAUUCGGUAAUAGAGAAUUAGUUGCAGGUUACACUUUCGUUCAUAAUUGUAAAUAAUUUAUGCGAAAAUAGACUGGCGGGUAGUAGUAAUAGCAGCAGCAGGAGCAGUAGUAGAGCCGUAGUAACGAGCAAUAGGACGUACGAGUACUGAAACGCGAGCGGGAAACAAGGAGGCACCGAGAUAGCUCCCAGACUGAAUGUGUUGGUGUACCAACUACACACACGCCUCGUUGCCAUCCCUGUGCUCGCUGGAGGCGAAGUUUCCAUGGUAACCGUCGGUAUCCUGUCGCCUCCGUCAACUAUACCAGCUGCACAUGUUGUUGGCCAGAUAUGACUGAUUCUUUCAACCACAAGCAAAGGUGCAUCAUACGUGUAUGAGUGUGUGUGGGUGUGUGUGUUCAGAUGUGUAUUUUGUUUUCUGUGUGUAAGCUGCUGUGUAUGCUGAUGUGCUAGAUACACGCUGUCACAUGCUGGUUGGAGUAAGAGGCGGUCACCAUCCAGCAACUGCAGCAGAACGAAGAUAUACGUAGCUUGAAACAAAACGAGUGAUAACGACGAGUGGCAGUAAGUAAAAGAGCAUAACAAAAAAACUACUAAGAGAAAGAGAGACAGAGAGAGAGUUAUAUAGCACGACGAUGAAAGAUAGAAGAGGAAAUAAAUGGAACAAAACGCUGUGGAUGAUGAAAAACAAACCAA